CUAGUCAGUAAACUAGCUAACUAGCUAGUGUUAUAAGAAACACCGGAGUUUCGUGUCUCUUCUUCUAUUGUUUGUAUAACUGCUAGACCUGCUAGCUCCAGUAUGUCACACUCGUUGAUACAGUUACUGUACAGAUACAGGUGGUGUUGCCAACUUACCUGAAUGAGCACCCGAAGUGAAGGAAGAGUGAUUUGCACGCUAUAGAAGACACUGCUCCUGAUGCUGCUGCUUCUGGUAAGGCUUUUUUAUGCCAUUUAGAUACCAUGUGAGGGAAGAGAGAAGAGAUUUGUUUAAAUGAUUUGUGUCUGAAGUAGAUGCACUUCAAGUGAUGGUGAACUUGGUCAGCAGAUGGCGCCAACAACCUUUGUUUUCAGAGUCUCACCGUUGAUGCUCAUUUAUGCAGGUUAAGUUUUCUGUAUUAAGUGCCAUUAACAUAGUUCAAAAUGAGGUCAAUAGGAGGACAACAUGUUUCCUGUUUGAAGUGACAGGAAGGAACUCACUAUUUUCUCUCCAGUCAGUAUAAACAUUAUUUCAAAGCCAGACAUUAUUUUGAACUAAAAUUAUCUCCUGUAUCCCUUGGUAGUGGUUGUCAGUAGGCCAUCAGUCACCCCUAGCAUCCUUACAGACGUCACAUAAAACAUAGCAUUUACUCAGCAUCGAUUCAUUAUCCAUGAAGAACAAUAACCAUCAGUAUGUACAGCAUAACUAGAAAUCUCUAUGCACACUCGUGCUGGCCUUCUUUUAACCAUGUGAUCAUAUGAUCAUGAAUAGUUAUGUUCACUGUGGCACCUCUGAUGCCAAUUAAGCCCAUCCAAUCCUUCGACUAUGACUACAGAGAGAUGCAGUAGUCAUGGCAGGGGAUCCUUCAUUCUGUGUACUCACGCUGUGUCUGAGUCCAGUAGUUAGUAGACAAUCUCCGGGGGCUUUAGCCCAUCAGUUCUGGCCCUCUAAACUGGGUAUUUAAGGGGCUUACAGGGGGUUAAACCCCAAAGAUUGGAGCCCUCAACCGCCUGUUUGAGAGAUUACGCUCCCCGGUCUCCCAUUUUCACCUCUCUGUCUUGGUGGAACAGCGGGAAGUGUGGAGGGUGGUCGUUAGAGAGAGACAUGCCUCAGCUUGACAUCUCUGGAGGGAGGAAGUGGUGAUAAAUGAGUUUGGAGACGCUUGAUUAAGAACAUUAGGAACAUUUACCACAUGCUGUGCAGCUGUUAGGAACUUGUGGAUAAGAUUUUGGUAAAAAAAAAAAAAAAAAAAAAAGAUCUUUUUAAGUAAGGGAGCACCUUGCAUUCAGAAAAUCCUAAAUAGGCAUUGAGUAGGAAAGGGGUGCAUACAUACAUGAAACACGGAGUGGUCAAAAAUAUCUGCACAGUGCUGGUCAGAGCAGGAACCUUAUGCUCCAUUUCUCUCGGCUGGAGAUGUGAGGAGUGGAAGUAAGCCGUGCUGCAUCUUUAAUGAGAGUCUGACAUCUUCAGUGCCGCUGUCUCACUAUCUGUCCUGCUAGUGCCUUCUUCAUCCUCACCUGCAUAGCCCUCCCAGGGAGGACGGGAAACAGACUAAAAGACGCUUUCAAUAAUCUGAAUGCCACUCCAAACCCUCCUUUGAAACAGAUAGCAUUUACAGUAUGUGCAGGUGCCAAUCCCUGACAGCACACUUAAUAAAACCCUGUAAAGCAGCGAGCAGAGACCUUGCUCUAUUUAUAAUGACUCUAUUUCCUCAGUGGCAUUUAAUUGAUUGGUAUAAUGGUUCUCAUAGACUCUUCAUUAGCUUGUUACAGCAGUGGAUCAAUACAACAUCAUUACAUGCAUGAUUGAACCAAGCACCAGACGUCCGCUCCGGGACACAUUGGUUUGUAUCUGUAAACAGUCAUUAAUGUCACAAUAGCCCACAACAUACAUGCAAGAUUAUAUUAUUUUGUCAAUAACUUAGAUUGAUAAGACUAAUUGGAAUGUUAUCGGCUUGUAAAGAGAUGUUGUCUAAACACAAAAUUGAUCAGAUGUAUUGUGAUCACUGCUGCUUUAAAUUGAGUAAUAUCAUCCCACAAUCUGGUUAAUCUGCUUUAAUAAACAUAUACACUGAUACAAUACAAUACUUUCAUUAUCAAACUCCAGCUACACAUGAAUUUGAAUACAGUAAAACGUGUUUUUAAUAACGUAUUCAGGCAGUUUGGAUGCCUCUCUCUUUGUAUGCAAGUCUUUAUGUGUCUAAGCGUGUGUGAACUGAAAAGUUCCAGGCAUCGUAUCUGAUUUCACCCUCUAUUCUGUCCCUGAGGGAGCGUCCUCCACUGUUCACAAAACAAAGUGCUGUUGUGCACAUAGGUGGAAACAUUUGUUUAACCCGUUCACCCCCUGAGAUUUCCUCACUGUCUGUGUUCAUUGAACUCUGAUGGGAUCUAAACACUUCCUUUGAGAUCGUACACACGGGCCGCGCGCCGAGGUCAGACCGGGUGCACUUGUGUGUAUGUGCAUGUGCAUGGGUGAGUGUGCUGAGUUGGUCUGGAUAGAAUGACUCGCUUUGUGCGUGACCAGUCGACCACGUCCCUCACAAUAGGCAGAAAAAAAGGGGGUGACUACCUUUUGACAGAGCAUUUUAUCUCAGUGAGAUCAUAGCGAUUGUCUAUUUAUGGCGCGUGGCAUGCUGUUAUGAGAGGAGCGUUUGAACUGGGUGCAGAGAGAAAUACAGUUUCACCCUGUUUCACCUUUCCUUUUCCUUGCUCCAAAACAGCCGCCUCUUUUGAUAAUCAUAUGCAAUCCAGCACAGUGGUUCAUUCCUAUCCCCUUCUGAACUCACCAGAGCCUUGUUGCUCAUUUUGGCUCCCCCCUCCCCUUGCAUUAUUUUUAACAACCCCAUUAUCCCCUUUCUCUCCUCUAAACUGACCACCACAUGUUUGUGAAAACUGUUUUUGGUGCCUCCGACCUCCUACUCCAGCACCCUUUUUUCCCCCCAAUGCAAAGUGCGAGACAGAACCAGGGAUGGAGGGAGGGGGAAAGUGAGGGGAGGAGAAGGGCGGGGGUUAAGAGAAAUGGAGGGAAGGGUUGAUGAAAACAACAGAUCUCUGCUCCCUAAUCCUUUUGUGUCGACGGUGUUAAUCCAUCCGAGCGAACCCGCCGCUCCCCCCCCCUCCCUCCCUCACCCCCUGCUUCUGCACCAUAUACCAGGCGCUCCCACCACAUAAACAACCGACAGCACUACUGAAACCAAUACUCGUCCCCCCCCCAGACAGUCGAGCAGAAACACACGACAUCAGCCGCAGUAGCCCCCCCCCCCCCCCCCCCCCCCUGUCAAACACAACUCAGACUCAACUCUGUCCCUGCUUUCAUCCUGCUCAUCUUUAUAGUGGCCACUGGGAACAAGUCUCUAGUCUGGAAUCGCUUGCUUUGUUUUGUCUAUAUGCAAACAUAUUUUAAUCUUGCAUCAGCAUGUCAAUGUGUGUGUGUAUUGGAAAUUGCAAAGUAUUGUUUUCCCUUAUUUUGUGUGUGUUUUUCUGCUCGCACGCAUUUGCUUUGUUCUGCUUUGUUUUGGCUAUACUGUACAUGUAAUAAUGAAUGCACUUGAGAGCAACACGGUGCACACUGCAAGUGUUUUUGUGUCGCGGUCUUGUUUACGAGCUGUAAGAGAGAGGGUGGGGGGGUGUCGGGGAGGGGGAGCGCAGCGGUUGCCGGGGGAAGAGGAGGUUGUGUCUAAUGAGGUCACACCCUGGCAACCCGGUGACUCCUCCCACUCAGCCCCCCCCCCCGCUCCAUCUUUCCACUUGGCCCCCUCUGAGUGUGCCCACCCACUCAACCCCCCACCCCCCUCUCAACCCUCUGACAGAGAGAGCUCUCCGUGGUGCUGAAAGCAGAAAAACAACAUCCAGGCUCCAGUUAUAGUGUGCAGCUGCAAAGGGAAGGCAGGCGAGACACACGAGACAAAACCAAAAAAUUAACCGGAGAAAGGGACUAGGGUAUGAAUGCUUUUGAAGAUGAGUUGAAAAGCACACAGCAAGAGAAGUAGGAGUGUAGGAAAAGGAAGGAGAGAGAGAGGAUGACGCUGUAGUAGAAGCGGGCUACAGUAGGCAGUGGGCGUGUUCUUGUUGUUGUGAUCUAUAGUUGGGAAGCCCGGUGUCAUCUGCUUAAGCACAGACCGGCUGUACAGACCUGUGCGGACCAGCAGGGCAGAGGGAGCCGGCAGGGAAUGCCAUACCUGGAAACCACUCCACGCUUUACCUCGACCUUCAGGGCACCGUGGACGAGGACUCCUUUCACCUGUGCUGAGACAUUUUGUGCAAUUUGGACAUAUUCAAGCAGAAGGAGAGACAUUCUGGGAAUAGAAAGACUGUUGUGAGUGCCUGCUCUGCGACCGCAAGGGGAGUUUGAUGUGAGCGUGUUUGAGAGGUUGUAUUUGUGUCAUGCUUGCGGUUGCGGGUGCGGUCUGUUGCUACGCUGCGUCUUCCUCCCAUCUCUAGCAUGUGCAGAUGUGCGGAGCAGUGAAGCUGGCACCUGGCUAGGAGCUUGGGCGCCAUCUGGACUGGAGGGGUCGCAUCUUCCCUUUUCUGCCCAGGGGAGGGAGCAUUGGGGCUGGGAACCCAAAUGGCCCGGCUACCCUCUAGCACCAGCCUCAUCCUGGGUCACAGUGACUCCUUCUAGCAAGUCAAAUCAAGUUGGACCGUACAAUGGAUGGGAGUCUAUGUGGAUUUAAGUGGAAUAGUGCAUGGGUGCUCCAGCUUAGGUCAGAGUUCACUAGCGUGCACUGGACUCAUCAGGGGAAGACAGAAGACACGUUGGUCCACGAACCAGCAGGGACACAGCCCCAUUAAUGCUGUGGAAACACUUGAAGAAUGAUGAGCUCCAAAGAGGAGGAAACUCUCCGUUUUUUCCAGUAUGUUGAGGAGAAUGGGCUGAGAGCCUACAACGGCCUGGUAGCUCAGAACUUGGACCACGCCAGGAAUGAGCGAAAUAGGACAUUCCUGCAGGAGAAAAACGACAAGAAGAGAAAACAGGAGGAAGCCAUAAGGAGGACAGGUGAGGACAUUGCAACCGAAGGCAAGCACUUACGUAUGGGCUCCAUUACCAUGCCGGACCCCCAAGAACGCAUGCCCAUGCCCCACCCGCAUGCCCUCGCCUGUGGGCAGGGCUUCUCCGUGCGCUCUCAGUCCCUCCACUCCGUCGGCGGUGGGAACAGCGGGGGCGGAGGUGAGGAGGAAGUAGGGAGCCCGACCUCUAGGAAGCAACCCCCGCCCAAGCCCAGGAGGGACCCGGCCACCAAGCUGAGCAUGUCGUCUGAGGCGGUGGACCACAGUCCCACGUCCACCUGCCGCGGGGAGAGAUGUGACGGAGCUCAAGGAUGCAGCGAGGACUGCAGGAGGGUGCCGCCGCCAAAACCCAAGAGGAACCCCAACACACAACUGAGUGUUUCCUUCGAUGAGUCCUACAUCAAGAGCCACGGAGGCAGCGGGAUUUGCCCCUCCAGACCCCUCCACCACGUCACCUCCCCCUGCGAACGCAACGCCUCGUCUCCGCAGAGUGACGAGAGCCCUACGGACGACUGUGAAGACGAACCUGUCUACAUAGAGAUGGGCGGGAUUGAUGUCGGACCACGAGAACCGCUGAAGAGUGAGGAUGAGGAGCCGGGAGAGUCUGUGUACGAGGAGAUGAAGUACCCAGCUCUGGAUGACAUGGAGUACCGCACCGACCCCGUGGGAUGUCGCUCCGCGUGCCCCACCCCGGCGCCCUAUGACCCCGAACCUCUCAGUCGCUGCUCCACACCUCGAAACAUUCCACUCUGUGACAUUCCUGCGCCCUUUCCCAAUUUACUCACCCACCGGCCUCCGCUGCUGGUGUUCCCACCGGCGCCGGCCCAGUGCUCGCCCAACUCAGACGAGUCUCCCCUCACCCCUCUAGAUGUAGCCAAAUUACCCAUGCUGGAGAACCAAUCCUACAGCAAAUCUCCAACAUCCUCCUCCGAGCCACCCUCCUCUGCACACAUCCGCAGGGAGCUCACCGCCACCCCGACCCUCACCGUCUCUGGGCGCUCCUCUGCGCCUCCUCUGCCCUGCACCCUCUACAAAUCCUCCUCCUCAUCCUCCUAUCAGCGCAGCCACUCUGCUUGCCCAUCGCCAGUCAGCAUGGGCCGCUGCCUCACCCCUCUCAGCCUCAUGCGUACGCCUCCCUUUGACGCUCCGAUGCCAUUCCCCGGGGGUCUGCCACGGAGCGCCUCUGCCACCCCUCACGGCAAAGGCUCGCCACCUCAAGACGGCGGUGGUCGACUCCACGGCUCUAUGCAGAACGUGUCAACGGGGCGUUCACGGACGCCCACCAGUCCACUGGACGAACUAACCAACCUGUUCACGACUGGCAGGAACAUGCUGAAGAAAAACGCCAGUGGCAGGAAGUCUAAAGAGCCCGGAGAGACCGAGUCCAAAAGCAAGUCUCACAGCGAGUCCAAGCGUGAAGGCAAGGAGCGCCACAGCCACGGCCACAGCAAGGAGUCCAAGCGAGACUCCAAGGAUCGCCACAGCAAAGAGUCCUCUCACCGGAGAGACAGAGACAAAGACAGAGACAAGGACAAAGACAAAGACAAAGACAGAGACAAAGACAGAGACAAAGUCAGAGACAAAGACAAAGACAAAGAUAAAGACAAAGACAGAGACAGAGACAGAGACAAAGAUAAAGAAAGAGGGAGCAGCAAUGUAGAGCCACUUCCCCACAGACGCAACAGUAAAGACCGUACUUAUAGCGGUGCAGACGCGCCACCUGUUCGCAGGAAUAGCAGGGACCAGAGCUGCAGCAGUGUAGAACCCAUCCCAGUGAUAAGAAGAGACUCCAAGGACAGAGGGCUUAGUAACGGUGAUCUGAUGCUCAGGAGAGACAGCAAAGAUCGGGGCGGGGGACAUGGAAUGGAGGCUUUGUUGAGACAGGACAGCAAAGACAGAGACAGACUGCUAGAUCAGCCACCUGAGCUGUUACCGAGACAAGACAACAAGGAAAGGGCAAGAAACGGUGUAGACGGUAGACAUGAAAGCAGGGAGAGACUGCUGGAUCAGCCACCUGAGCUCUUACCGCGACAGGAUAGCAAAGAGAGAGCCAGCAACGGCAUGGACUCUAAGCAUGAAAGCAGAGACAGGCCGCCUGAGCUUCUCCCCCGACAAGAGAGCAAAGACAGAGCUAGAACUGGAGCAGAAUAUAGGCACGAUAGCAAAGAGCUCCGUCCUGAUUUGUUACCCCAACAAGAUGUCAAAGAAAGAGCAAGAAAUGACAUGGAACACAGACAUGAAGGUAGAAUAGACCAGCCGCCUGAGAUCCUACCCCGACAGGAAACACCCAGAAGCAGCAACAGCAAGGACAAGGUCGGCUACAGCUCUGAAUCCAAGCACGAGGGGAGAGAUCGGAGCUGCCACAACGGGGGAGAUCUCCCUCCUCCUCCUCUGCCCAGGCAGGACAGUAAAGAUCUGAGCAGAACUGGACUCGAAGUGAGACGGGACAGCAAAGACAGGAGUCUGAAUGGCUCAGAGCAGCAUCAUCAUGAUGUCAAAAGCACCAAGAGCCCUUCUGGCUCAGGAUACAGAUCAGAUGGCACGCCCAGACGAGACAACAGAGCGAAUUACAGCACAGACCAAUCGAAAGCACAGGAGAGGAACGGCAGCACAGCAUCAGGGCAGCAUUCGUCCACAACGACACCUACUCACCACGGGAGAUCAUCUGGUAGCCCACCGAUGAGCAUGGGAACAGGAAACGAUCUGAAAGCAGCACCUAAGUAUGGCCGUUCACCUUCCACGCCGGCUAACCCCUCCCCAUUGGGAACUCCACAAAGGAAAGCAGCAGAGGCACAUCAAAGUCAGAUGCCCCAGAUGCCAUGGAUCUGUGGAGACACCACCAUGCUGGAACAGAUCGAGAGGAAACGCACCCUCUGCAUGGAGAUCCGCUCCAGACAACAUCCGCACCUUCAGAGAUCUCUGGAGAGGCCUCCUCCUCCUCCUCCUCCGGACAAGAGCGAGGACAGGCACCAGGAGCGGAGUCAGUGCAAGCAAGAAAGUGCAUCUGUCCUCCCACCCUGGGGGAAAAGCAACGGGGCCAAAAAGAUCCGUCCUCCCCCUUACCCUACACAGAAAACCGUAUUCUGGGACACGGCCAUCUGACAGUAACAGCACACUUAACACCUCCCUGCCACACAACCCCCAGUUACCCACUCCCUCUUUCCUCUGGGCUGAUUCUUCCCUGCAACAUCAGGGGUGUCAGGACAGCCAAUAAGAGCACCAGGGGGUAUGAUACUCGCUGAUGUCAAAAGGACAAUGGUGGUUACCAUAGCAAUAUUUCUGCUCGUUCAGGUUGUCAUGUUUUCUUAUCAUCACUGGUGAUAUUUGAUAUUUUUCUAUUUCCUGUGACUGGAUUCUUGUAAUAUAAUUAGUAGAAUAGAUAUUUGAUGAAUAGAUAUUUUCUAAAUGAGAUGGGGAUUAAAAAGCAGCUUAAAUGAUGUAUAGUAGAUGUAGAUGCAAUCUAAUGUUUGUUUUUAUGUUACUUUUGUUUGGUUAUUUUACAUUUGAAAAGCAUAAUCUAUCAAUACUUGUACUGUAGUAGCAUAAUUUUCUUAUGCCCGACUUUUUUGUUGUGCUCAGAAAGCACUAAAACUGAAUGGACUACUCAAUUCUGUCUAUAUAUACUUUACAUUUUCACUGUUGUAUUGUAAGUUGAGGAGUCAACGUGCUUUAGAUCCCAGCGCCCUCCAUGCCUGGUCCAGUACAGUAUGUUCUAGAAUGUGCGACAGUUGGUCCUAGAACAGAAAACAGGAAACUCUGUGUGCUUCAGUUUGUAUAUUACAGUAAGAAGCUGUGUAGUCACGACGUCGAAGCCUUUUGAAGCGAUUGAAUCGUUUUAUAUAGGAAAAACCUGUUGGCUGGCAUGUCGUAGAGGACUAGAGAAAGAAAGCGUGAAACGCUGUUUUCUAAGAUACAUUAUGAGGGUGGGUUGGGGAGGUAGCAAAUUAGAACAUACAUUAUGAACAGUAUAAUUUCCAAAAACCAGCCAAAGCCUGUUGAAGCGAGAUAUGGGUGUGGUUGCACUUUGGAUGGUUGGUUAUUUGAAAUGGGGUUGGUGGCAAUAGCCGGCGAGUACUAGCGCCCUUACUUCGCCACGCACACUGCGAGCACCAGUGUAAAUACUUAAUGCCAACGACCGGCCCGCGUACAAUCAACACCUGAGCUUUUAGAACAUUUCUUAAUUUUACUGCAGAUUAUAAUAGCCAUAUGCACUUGCUUAAGAUUCAAGAUUAUGCUUAUAUAUAUAUUUUUGAAAAUAUUAAACAAAAGAUAGCUGUGCCAUGUUAAGUUUUUAAUUUAUUGGCGGGGAGGGUUAGCCUCAGGAGGCUGGCUGAGUCACCUGUGAUUGGUUGCCUCUGGUUGACAAUAUUCCCAAUUCAAUUGGCUGGCAACCGUUUUUAGAGAUCAAAUCGUUUUAGGACCUAUAACAUGGCAACAGCUCUACCCAGUCAAGCAGACAGGGGUUGCACAACGGCCUACAAAUCUUUGAGGCUUUGUAAAAAAAAGAAGAAGAAAAGAAAUCUGCACUACCCAUCAUAUUCCAUCACAUUUAAUCAGGCUGAUUACAUACAUGUCCCUCUCCCCCCGCUCUCUCCCUCUACCUCAACCUCCUACUUACAUCACCGAAAUUGGUUCUCUUUAGCACAUUAAAAUGCAAUGUCGACAUUGCCAAAAUAGUGUGGGUUUGACAAAUGAGCUAGCCCUCAGAGUGCAAGUGCAGUAACCCCCUCACUGGUGAGAAUCAACUCUACAGAGAUCCCUCUGUGUUGUACCUGUAUGUGUGUGUGAGGGAGAGAGCUGUGUGUGUAUGUGUGUGUGUGUGUGUGUGUGUGUGUGUGUUUGUGUCUGUGUGCCAAGCUACACUGUAUGCAAGUUGAAUCUUUAAAAAUGAUUGUUUUAAGACAUUCACUUUGCCCUAUCCAUGAUGUUUGGUGGGUGGAGGUUGGAAAUGUAAUAACGAUGAUGUACAAUCUUUUUGUGUGUAUAAAAACGUGCACUGUGAAAAGGUAGAGAGAGCACCGCACCGUCAGAGUCCUCUGUCUUAUUGCACUGAGUGUUCUCUUGUUUUGCGUAAUAAAAAAAGAAAAGGAAAAAAUAUGUUUGAGGAAAAAAAGUACUGUAUUCUGAUUGUCACUUGGGUUCUGUUGAGAGAAAUAAAUAAAUAUGAACUUGAAACCCGCUAUGGAAAA